AUGAGUGACCACAGGCGCCGCAUAGUGAACAUCUCACCUGGCCGAAGCACUGGACGAGCCGGCGGAAACCCUACGCGUGCGCCUUCUCGUUUCAGUACGCCCGUCACCGCCGGAUCACCCAGACGCCCCACUGCCCCAUCGCCUGCUUCCAGCAUCCGGCAGGGCCGCCAGCAGCAAGGAGUCAAGAUCAAGACCGAGAGCUCUCCCAGCAGCAGCCCGGCACCCACACCAUCGACUGGCAGCAACAAGCCUGCCAUGACCACGCAAACCACCAGCAACACCCCACUCAAGCGCAAGCGCGAACCCACCUCCACCGACAAAGACAACAAAGAACCCACCACAGCCGCCGGCCUUGUCGCCAUGGAGCAGCAGCACCUCGACACCCACCGGUCCACCAGCGCCACCCUGGACAAACACGCGCCGCUGCUCGACAGCGCCCGCACGACCGCCACCCGCGCCCGCUCCGCCGAGCGCGCCGCUCACUCGCAGAUCUCAAGCCUGUUCAUGCAGUCGCAAGUCCUCGAGGAGCGCGCCGCAGGCCACCAGCGCGUCGCCGAGGAGGCCGAGACGCAGCUGACGGCCGAACGGCAGCUCGUGCAGCAGGCUAAGGGCAGCAAGGACGAGGCUGAUAAGGAGUUGAUGGCCAUUGCCCUGGGCAGGAUGUUUGCCCGCCUGGAGAAGUACGACCAGGAUGUUGCGGAGGAGUUGUGGGCCAAGGCGGAGAGGUACAGGGAUAUCUUCGUGAGGGAUGGUAUCCCGGAGCCUCCUGCGAAGAGGAGCAAGAUUGUGGGUGAGAAGGGAGAGGUCGGUGGAAAGGGUGUCGAGGAGGGUGAAAUCGGUGGACAGGAUAGGGGACAGCAUUGA